AUGGAUCCGGACGAAACGAUGACCACAUCCACCUCCUCCUCACCAUCCGCCCUCCACGACACCAUCGACGCCGACGAAGGGUUCGAAGACGACAACCUCUACCCCGAUGACAUGAACAACGACAACGACGGAGACCAUUCCCAGAGCGACCGCCCUCACACUCCUGCAAACGACCACCUCAACGCAGCCGCGCCAGGCGAGCUGUCCCCACCGCGGUCGCAGAGGCAAAGCCAAAGUGAAGACUUACAGCAGCAGCCCACAUCGCGAGCAAUGGCCAACGGCACGGCGACGCGCAGCUCGGCAAGAGUCGCAGCCAUGCAAGGGAAGUCUGAUGCAGAAGCACAAGCGCAGGCAACUGCAAUGUCCGACGAUCGAGACGGCCGCGGCAAGCCCGGCUGGGCAUGGCGCAGCAAAAAGGCUCAAGAGGAUAGGCAGCGCGCGUGGGAAAACAUUGUCGAUCGGGAUUUCAGCCUCAAAGAAUUUGGCGAUGUCAUGUUGCAGGGCAAGGCACAGGUAUCUGGAUAA